CGCGAAAGUUGCCGUGCCGGCCCCGGCGAGCGACUGACUAGCAAUCAGGCGGGCUCGCCGGCGGCCGACCAUUGAGACGGCGCAGACGAUGUUUGCCCUUGCAGUGCAGGUGAUUCUCUGGUUUAUUUUUGUCGCGUUCGUUGCGCUGGCCUCUGUGGUCGUUGCUGUCCUCGGUGCAGUUCACGUCGCGAGGCGGGCUACGUGGAAGAAGCUCUGUAAUGUACCCGGUCCCAACGAGGAUAUACCGCUCCGAUGGGUCGUGCAGCAGCACGCACAUGCCACUUCCGUGAAGCACCGGACGCCGUACAACGUGUCCAUGCUCGAAAUACGGAUGGCGUACUUCUACUUGUUCCAAAAGCAUGGACUCUUUAGGUUUUACAUAGGACCUCAUCCUACAGUUGCAGUCUUCAAGGCUGACUACAUUGAGACAGUGCUCAAUGGUCAAAGCACAAUCGAAAAGUCUGUUGAUUACGAAGUCCUGCAUUCCUGGCUAGGCACUGGUCUUCUAACAAGCGCUGGUACAAAAUGGAAGACGAGGAGACGCUUGUUGACACCCUCGUUUCACUUCCGCAUUCUCGAAUCAUUCGUUCAGCCAAUGAACGCACGUGCUCGAAAUACUGUGGAGAAGCUGCGACAGCGCUGCGGAGAACCCUGGAUCAACAUUGUGCCACUGGUGGCUGAAUGUACACUGAACAUCCUGUUGGAGACCAUCAUGGGGGUGAUUCCUGAAGAAAACGAGAAGUUCUGUCAUUCUUACGUUCAAGCAGUUCAUUAUUUGUCCAGUCAGAUUACUUUUCGGGUGCAGUCACCGUGGUUACUCGUAGAUGCCAUUUAUUUCCGAACUUCCUACGGAAAAGUCUACCAGAAAAACACAGAAAUAGUUCACAACUUCACAGGAAGGGUUAUCAGAGAACGCCGAAAAGAGCUCAUGAAACAUUUCGAUGAAAACAAUGUGGUGAAAGAGGAGGACGAAGGGGUCUACAAUAGAAAGCGACUGCACACGUUCUUAGAUAUUCUUCUGCGCUACAGUAUUGAAAACGACGGCUCAAUCAGCGACGAUGAUAUCAGAGAAGAAGUGGACACGUUCAUGUUUGAGGGUCACGAUACAACGGCUGUGGCAAUAUGCUGGUCACUGUAUAUGAUUGGACUGCAUCAAGACCACCAGAGGAAUAUGCACAAGGAACUGGACUCUGUUUUGGGCAACGACACCGAAAAAGACGUCACCACUGAGCACAUGAAGGAGCUCAAGUAUUUAGAGUGCGUUAUAAAGGAAUGUCAGCGACUAUUCCCAUCGGUACCAAUUAUUGGCCGUGAAAGCGUGGAAGACUUCAAGCUAGGAGACCACAUAAUUCCGAAAGGCACAACGAUCGAUGUUUUUAUUUACGCGCUUCAUCGAGAUCCAGAAGUUUUCCCCGACCCAGAGAGGUUUGACCCCAGUCGCUUCCUGCCGGAGAAUAUCAGCAACCGUCAUUCACACGCUUUCAUCCCGUUCUCGGCUGGCUCAAGAAACUGCAUCGGUCAACGGUUCGCAGCAAUGGAGCUGAAGAUUAUUCUCGCCACCAUCCUAUGGAACUUCAACGUGGUGGCAUUGGAUCACCGUGACAAGUUACUGCUUUCCAGUGACCUCGUGUUGAGAGCAGCUGGUGGAAUCAGGCUCUCUUUUACGCCAAGGUCUUUUUGAUGAUUCCGAAAUUUGCCUCUUGUCAGCAUGUCCCCGAAUUUGUCCAACGCGUCCCCAUUGCUGGCGCUUGCCAAUGCAGAAUUGUAGAUAUGUAAAUCGUUUUGAAUAAUUUUGUAUGUGAAUCCCUUGAUGGGCAUGACAGACUAACUAUGCCAAUACAGCCAUACAAGAGAGCAUGAUUUCCAAAAGUGACAAAUAAUAUUAACUCAUUAGGCGUUAUGCUUUGUUAGCAUACAGAGAAGGUAAUCAUGUCAAUUUCAACCAUUGUAUUUCGCAGAACAUUAGCUCAGAAGGUACUCCAGCUUUUAAAAUUCUAGUUUUCUUUCUGGUUAAAGUAAAACUGAACGCAAGUUCUCAAAUAGGCGCAGAUCAUAAAAUACUGCUAGGUAAAUGCACGUGUAAGGCAAGUUCCAGAAACUUCAUUUAUUAAAGAACGUUGCCUUUUCAAUCAUUUAACUGUUGCGGUCAUUUAUUUCGACAGUCCGUAAUUUCUUAUUAACGUUCAUGUUGGGUGAAAUCGUGUCGCGAAGCAUUUCAAUUAAAUAUUAGUGCGUAGCGCCGAGCGUAGGUCAAGACGAAGUCCGCGUAGCGUCAUGUAGAUUUCUGCUGUUGUUGAAAUGUGGUUCCCAACACGGCGCUGAACAUGAUACGUUCUUUCGUUUAAAAGUUCUGUGUGCUUUGGAGAUACCUGAGGCGGCAUUUCAUGGACAGCUUUUAUGUCGUGAUUUAAUGAUUUAUUACGCCGAACACAGAUGAGCUCACUGGCAUUGUUUUGAGAGUCAGCGGCGUUCUAUAUAAGCCAGUUGACUGUGUCAUACUCCGUUAGACAGCACGGAAGGGCGUGAAUUCCAGCAGAGUAAGCUAAGAACGCUUGGCUUUAAGAUGCACCGCAAAACACUGGUUCACAUUAUAUCAUUAGCUAAUGGGUGGCUUGGAUGCAUAACUCCCCUCUGGAUAGGCAGUUGUGCAUUGAAGAGUGCCGAGUUAAUGGAUGUGGCAUGAGUAUACGAGUACAGUUUGACAACCACAACCACUAACACCACCAAGGGCAGAAAGGACAAGUCACGGUGAAGGCCGGUCGACGCUGCGGAGCCCAGGAAGGAUGCAAUGUUGCAGCUGAUCCCUCUCAGCGCAGCCUAGCUACCCACAGUGGAAAGGACCCCGCGUGAUGUGAGAUGCAUGCACGCCUGGAGCGGCGAAGAAUUCGCCUGGAAUUUCAGUGGCUAUUAAUGCCAACUUCCGACGUUCCUGCUAUGUUAUCGAAAUGAGCGAACGCUCGCGCGUUUGUGUGUGUGCGUUUGCAAUUCUGCACAUCGUCAUUAGCACCACAACCAACAAUUACCUGAUUCAUUACAAGUCUAAUCCCCGGAGAAGAAUUGGUUGUUAUUCGUGGCUUAUAUAACCCUGUAUAUAGAUUACAUGCAUUAAAUAUAUAUCCAAAGUGAGUUGCAAGUUUUUUCUCUUGA